AAAAAAUAUUUGCUUAACCAAAAAGAAAAUCUUAAGAAAAAUAUUGCAAGCAGCGCCUCGAUUAUUGUUCCGUCUAAGACAGCAAAAUGUGCGCAAAAUAAAAAUAAAAAGAAGAAAAGUUGAAAAUAUUUAUUCAAUUUGGAUCAAAAUGUUGGCGCAACAACAACAAAAAGUGCAGUGCAUUAAGCCCGAAAAGUGUGUGUGAAAAGAGAGAGAAAUUUGAUAUAUUUUCGAAACCAUACACAGAGCGAUAACUGAUAACCGAUAACAGAUAACAGUUAACUGCAGUCCUUGUUCCCCCUGUUUCUCUGUCUAUUUCUAUUCGAUCCCCCCUCUCUCUCUUUCUAUCUCUGUUUCUCUGAUCUAUUUCUGUCUGUUGCGUGUGUGUCCCGGCUAACGUGGGCAAGCAAAGGCCGCCAAGAUUAAGUUCUCAAAGCAGAAUCAGCAUCACGCAUACCGUCACACGGACAGCCUCUACGACGGUGGCACCGACACCGACGACGACGAAUGUCCCUUGGAGUCGAGCAACAUGAAUCCCUACGAGUUUGAGUCCUCCACGCUCGACUGUCGCGACGCUGGCGGUGGCCACGGACCAGGACCCGGUCCAGGACCCGGAUCCUAUCCCUGCCCCGGCACCCUGCCCAUGACGGGUCGCCACACGGCAGCAGGCGGCGCUGGCGGAGUCGGAGGAGUUGGAUCAGUUGCUCCCGUGCACAGCCAAACGUUGCAGCAUCAACAGAACUCGCUGGCAGCAGCAGCUGCAGCUGCCGCCGCCGCUGCUCAACAGUCGUCCUCCUCGCACUACGAUUACGAGUAUCAGCAUUUGCCACAUCGUCCGCCGGAUAACAACUCAUCAGCGGCAACAACGGCACAGCGAACCCACGGCAGACAAGGCUUUCUCCUGGAGGGAGUCACGCCAACAGCUCCACCGGAUGUUCCGCCACGUAAUCCGACAAUGAGUCGCAUGAAUAAUGCUCGUUUAAUUGCCGGCGCUGUUGCUAACAAUCCCAAUGAUCUGGGCGUUGACUUUGAGCCAUCGUGUUUGGUGCGGACGCCAUCGGGCAACGUUUACAUUCCUAGUGGAAAUCUAAAUAUUAACAAAGGGUCACCAAUCGAUUACAAGAGCGGAUCGGCCUGUUCCACACCCACAAAAGACACUCUCAAAGGGGGCUACGAUCGCAGCACGCAAGGCUGCAUGGGUCCGGUGCUGCCGCCAAGGAGCAUGAACGGAAUGCCCACGCAUCAUUAUUCGGCGCCGAUGAACUUCCGGAAGGAUCUGGCCGCACGCUGCUCAGCCAACUGGUUGAGCAUUGCCGCAUUGUCCGGCUUUGCGGUGCUCUGCUUUCUGCUGAUCCUGCUCACAAGCAUCGGCACCCUGCAAUGGUCGCCAUCGGCACCCUGCACAGUACUAGUCGGCAACGAGGCCUCCGAGGUCACGGCGGCCAAGAGCACAAACACUGAUAUAUCCAAGUUGCACAACGCAUCGGUACGCGCGAAAAAUGGACAAGGCAUUGGCAUCGUUCAGGGACAGGCUGGCGGAGGAGGCGCAACGGCAACUGUUACAACGGCCACAUCGAACAGUGGGACGGCUCAAGGACUACAGUCGACCUCAUCCUCGUCCGCGGAGUCAACAUCAUCGGCAGCGGCAGCUACCGCAACGUCCUCCUCUCAAUCUUCGCUUGCGCCAUCGACGUCACUAUCCUCAUCCUUGGCAAAUGCCAAUAAUGGAGCAAGUCAAGGCGGCACAAGAGCAGUGUCAACAAGGCUGUCUGUCAACGAGGCUGCUCACAACCAGCGACAUAAGCGUCGCCAUAGACGGAGUUUAAUGGAGUGGCAGGGGGGGCGGCAUGAUUUUGAUUUUGAUGUUGAUGCUGAUGCUGAUGAUGAUGUUGCUGCAGAAACUUUUAGCGACUUAAUUACAAGCGCCAGUGGAGUCCAUGUACAAAAGAAUUUGGCUGUUACCACACCAGCGAAAUCCAUAGAUGAGUCCGUUGAUAUACAACAGCAGCCCGACGAGGCAAUGGAAACAGUCAUCUCUCCGGGAGCCAGACAUAGCAAUUACGAUAAAACUCUGCACAACAUCGAUGGCAUAUUGAAACUCGAGCAGAACGUUGCUGAUAGCUUUAUGGAUGAUAUUAGUGACUAUGAUUAUGAAGCUGAAACUGAAACUGAAGAUGAAAAGAAGGAGGCAACUAUGGGGACAACAGUGCCUAAGACUAGGCAACAAUUUGGCAAAUCAUUAAACUUCAAUUUGCUUAAGGCAGCAGGUAAGACGCUUGCCAAGCCGAGACGGAAGCGUAAGCAGCAGCUCGACGAAUCCAAAGAGACUAGCGAUGCCAUCAGCGUUGAGUCAGAUACAGAGGCAAGCGGCAUUUCUCCUGUUGUUAUUGAUGACUAUAAUCAAACUGACAGCGACAGCAACAACAACAGCGACGACAAGGGCGAGGGUGCGGACUCAAUGCUGACAACGACGUUGGCAAGUGACAACGAUGACAUUGUUGAAAUCGACACCAGGAGCAGCGCGAGCACGGAAAACACUAAGGGGACGUCCUCAACCGACAACGUUAUUGAAAAUGAUUUUCAAAUCAAACAGAACCUGAAGCAGAAACCUGCCGCUGCUGCUGCUGCUGAUGAUAACAAUAAUGAGCGUGAUUUAGCCGACAACUAUGAGUCGAAUACGAAGAAGAAGAACGAGAACCAGGAGCAGGAGCAGGAGCAGUCAACUCCACCCCCACUAAGCAUAAAUCAAACUGGGUCCGACUUAAUGCUGAGCGAUGCGGCACUUUUCGACGAUAAUGAUGACGAUAUCGAUAUAGUCAAAUUAGAUGCAGCGCCCACCUCCAAUGAGGUGGACCUAUACAAAACGGCUGUCGAGCAGCCUAAGGAAAAGCCGCCUCAGCCUCAGAUUCAGCCAACUAGUGAAAAUGAGGUUCUGAAGCAGCAGAAGAAUGACGAGAAUGUUGUCCCAGCCCAUUUGACACCAUUAAAGCCAUAUGUUAGCGAACGCUUCGAUCGUCCCAGUAAACGUAUUCUGGUCAAUCUGACCAUUGCCACCGACGACGGAAAUGAUUCGAUUUACACGCUCCAAGUCGCUGUGCCAACUGGCGGCGGCCCUCAACAUUUGGAGCAGAUACUGACCCAUGAGCAUGCAGUCCAUGAUGAGGACAAUAAUAUUGAGAGCAUUGGCUCCUGUGUGCCCGAGCCGCCACCACGUAUGCCCGAUUGCCCCUGCAGCUGCCUGAGCCAUUCACCAACUUCGUCCUCUUUCGUGGACCACAACGACAUUAGCCAAGUUGACAUUGACUCCGCCAACUCGAUGGCAGCCAAGCCGCACGUAGAGGCCACAACAAUUUUAAACCAUGUCUCGACUGAUAAUGAAAACGACCAAUUUGCAUCUACCACUGCAUCCCAAACCGAUACUAACUCCUUUAGCACUGAGUUUGAUAACUACACUGAUACGGUUACUGUUGCUGAUGUACGUUCUGAUGAAAAGUUUGCAUGUCCCGAUGUUAUGCCUAUACUCAUACUGGAAGGUGCUCGCACGUUCCCCGCACGUAGUUUUCCACCGGAUGGCACUACCUUUGGCCAGAUUACUUUGGGCCAGAAACUGACAAAGGAGAUACAACCGUACAGCUAUUGGAACAUGCAAUUCUAUCAAUCGGAGCCCGCCUACGUUAAGUUUGACUACACCAUUCCGAGGGGUGCAUCGAUUGGAGUCUAUGGGCGUCGUAACGCUUUGCCCACCCACACGCAGUACCAUUUCAAGGAGGUGCUAAGUGGCUUUAGUGCCAGCACACGUACUGCCAGGGCAGCACACCUUUCGAUAACGCGUGAGGUGACUCGGUAUAUGGAACCGGGACAUUGGUUUGUCUCGCUCUACAACGAUGAUGGGGAUUUGCAGGAAUUGACUUUCUAUGCAGCUAUUGCCGAGGACAUGACUCAAAACUGCCCCAACGGGUGCUCAGGCAAUGGCCAGUGCUUGCUGGGCCAUUGCCAAUGCAAUCCCGGCUUUGGUGGCGAUGAUUGCAGUGAGAGUGUCUGUCCAGUGCUAUGCUCCCAGCAUGGCGAGUACAUCAACGGCGAGUGUAUUUGUAAUCCGGGCUGGAAGGGCAAGGAGUGUUCGCUUAGGCACGACGAGUGCGAGGUGGCCGACUGCAAUGGUCAUGGUCACUGCGUCAGCGGCAAGUGCCAAUGCAUGCGUGGCUAUAAGGGAAAAUUCUGUGAAGAAGUGGACUGCCCACAUCCAAAUUGCUCGGGACAUGGCUUUUGCGCUGACGGCACCUGCAUUUGCAAGAAGGGCUGGAAAGGUACCGAUUGCGCCACCAUGGACCAGGAUGCCCUGCAAUGCCUACCCGACUGCUCCGGUCAUGGCAACUUUGAUCUGGACACACAGACCUGCACUUGCGUGGCAAAGUGGAGCGGCGACGAUUGUUCCAAGGAGCUGUGUGAUCUUGACUGCGGCCAGCAUGGUCGCUGCGAGGGCGAUGCCUGCGCCUGUGACCCCGAAUGGGGUGGCGAUUACUGCAAUACGAAGCUCUGCGACAGCCGUUGCAACGAGCAUGGCCAGUGCAAGAAUGGAACCUGCCUGUGUGUAACCGGAUGGAAUGGCAAGCACUGCACCAUCGAGGGUUGUCCCAGCAGCUGUGCCGGACAUGGACAGUGUCGGGUGAGCGGCGAAGGUCAAUGGGAAUGCCGCUGCUACGAUGGUUGGGACGGACCGGACUGUGGCAUAGCCUUGGAGCUCAACUGUGGCGAUAGCAAGGACAAUGACAAGGACGGCCUGGUUGACUGUGAGGAUCCAGAGUGCUGUGCCAGCCACGUCUGUAAAACAUCCCAGCUAUGUGUCUCUGCACCCAAACCCAUUGAUGUUCUACUCAGGAAACAGCCACCGGCAAUAACGGCCUCAUUCUUUGAGCGCAUGAAAUUCCUGAUCGACGAGAGCAGUCUGCAGAACUAUGCCAAGCUGGAGACCUUUAACGAGAGCAUUUUUUGGAAUUAUUUCAAUGCAAGCCGAUCGGCCGUUAUUCGUGGACGCGUUGUCACCUCCCUGGGCAUGGGGCUGGUGGGCGUGCGUGUCUCCACGACGACUCUACUUGAGGGCUUUACCCUAACCCGCGACGACGGAUGGUUCGAUCUGAUGGUCAAUGGCGGCGGAGCAGUCACUCUGCAAUUUGGACGUGCCCCGUUCCGGCCACAGUCACGCAUUGUCCAAGUGCCAUGGAACGAGGUCGUCAUCAUCGAUGUGAUGGUGAUGAGCAUGUCUGAGGAAAAGGGUCUGGCAACGACAACAACGCACACUUGUUUCUCGCACGAUUACGAUCAAAUGAAGCCGGUUGUGUUGGCUUCGUGGAAGCAUGGUUUCCAGGGCGCCUGUCCCGACCGCAGCGCCAUACUGGCCGAGUCGCAAGUGAUUCAGGAAUCCCUACAGAUACCCGGCACAGGUCUGAAUCUGGUAUACCACUCCUCACGCGCUGCUGGCUACUUGUCGACGAUCAAACUACAAUUGACGCCGGAUACGAUACCCGCAUCGUUGCAUCUGAUUCAUCUGCGCAUUACCAUCGAGGGUAUUCUGUUUGAUCGCGUCUUUGAGGCUGAUCCGGGCAUCAAGUUCACCUAUGCUUGGAAUCGCUUAAACAUAUACAGACAGCGUGUCUAUGGCAUCACGACAGCCGUAGUCAAGGUGGGAUAUCAGUAUACGGACUGCAAGGACACCGUCUGGGAUAUACAGACAACCAAGCUGAGUGGACACGACAUGUCAAUAUCUGAGGUUGGUGGCUGGAAUUUGGACAUCCAUCAUCGCUACAACUUCCACGAGGGCAUUCUGCAGAAGGGCGACGGUUCCAACAUCUAUUUGCGCAACAAGCCCCGCAUUAUUCUGACCACGAUGGGUGAUGGCCAUCAGCGUCCGCUGGAAUGCCAAGACUGCGACGGUCUGGCCAUGAAGCAGCGUCUGCUCGCACCAGUUGCUUUGGCCGCCGCUCCCGAUGGCAGUCUUUUCGUUGGCGAUUUCAACUAUAUUCGCCGCAUAAUGACUGAUGGCAGUAUUCGCACCGUUGUCAAGCUGAAUGCCACGCGUGUCUCCUAUCGCUACCACAUGGCUCUUAGUCCGCUCGACGGCACACUGUACGUAUCCGAUCCCGAAUCGCAUCAGAUUAUACGUGUGCGCGACAUCAAUGACUACUCGCAGCCGGAACAGAACUGGGAAGCGGUUGUGGGUUCCGGUGAGCGUUGCUUGCCCGGCGACGAGGCCCACUGUGGUGACGGGGCCCUUGCCAAGGAUGCCAAACUGGCCUAUCCCAAAGGCAUUGCCAUAUCCAGCGACAAUAUCCUGUAUUUUGCUGAUGGCACCAAUAUCCGCAUGGUAGAUCGUGAUGGCAUCGUUAGCACCCUUAUUGGAAACCAUAUGCACAAGUCACACUGGAAGCCCAUCCCUUGUGAGGGCACACUCAAGCUGGAGGAAAUGCAUUUACGCUGGCCCACAGAGCUCGCUGUCUCGCCCAUGGACAACACCCUGCACAUCAUUGACGAUCACAUGAUCCUGCGGAUGACACCCGAUGGACGAGUCCGCGUCAUAUCUGGUCGUCCACUGCAUUGCGCUAGUGCGUCCACAGCCUACGAUACGGAUCUGGCCACUCACGCCACUCUCGUUAUGCCACAAUCGAUUGCCUUCGGCCCGCUCGGCGAACUCUUCGUCGCGGAGAGCGACUCUCAGCGCAUCAAUCGGGUUCGCGUUAUUGGCACAGAUGGACGCAUUUCGUCGUUUGCUGGCGCCGAGUCCAAGUGCAAUUGUCUGGAACGUGGCUGCGAUUGCUUUGAGGCCGAUCAUUAUUUAGCCACCAGUGCAAAAUUCAACACCAUUGCCGCCCUGUCAGUCACUCCAGAUGGACACGUGCACAUUGCCGAUCAGGCCAACUAUCGCAUACGCUCCGUCAUGUCUAGCAUACCAGAGGCGAGUCCUUCUCGCGAGUACGAAAUAUACGCACCGGAUAUGCAGGAGAUAUAUAUCUUCAAUAGAUUUGGACAGCAUGUCUCCACGCGCAACAUUCUCACAGGAGAAACGACCUACGUCUUCACGUACAACGUCAACACAUCGAAUGGAAAACUCAGCACCGUCACUGAUGCGGCUGGCAACAAGGUCUUCCUGCUGCGCGACUACACUUCUCAAGUGAAUUCCAUUGAGAAUACCAAGGGUCAGAAGUGCCGUCUGCGCAUGACUCGCAUGAAGAUGCUGCACGAGCUGAGCACACCCGACAACUACAAUGUCACCUACGAGUACCACGGACCGACAGGACUGCUGAAGACCAAACUGGACUCCACUGGACGUUCCUAUGUGUACAAUUAUGAUGAGUUUGGCCGACUAACUUCAGCUGUCACACCAACUGGCAGAGUCAUUGAGCUCAACUUUGAUUUAAGUGUAAAGGGCGCCCAAGUGAAGGUAUCGGAGAAUGCACAAAAGGAGAUAACCAUGCUCAUACAGGGCUCCACAGUUAUCGUUAAGAAUGGAGCCGCAGAAUCACGCACAACCGUCGACAUGGAUGGCUCAACGACGAGCAUCACACCCUGGGGACACAAUUUACAAAUGGAAGUUGUACCCUACACAAUUCUGGCCGAGCAGAGUCCACUGCUGGGCGAGAGCUAUCCAGUGCCAGCUAGGCAACGCACAGAGAUUGCCGGAGAUCUGGCAAAUCGCUUCGAAUGGCGCUACUUUGUGCGACGCCAGCAGCCACUGAACCAGGGCAAACAAAACAAGGGAGCCCCACGGCCAGUCACUGAAGUUGGCCGCAAGCUGCGUGUCAACGGCGACAAUGUGCUGACCCUGGAAUAUGAUCGUGAAACGCAAUCGGUUGUUGUAAUGGUUGAUGACAAGCAGGAGCUUCUUAAUGUGACCUACGAUCGCACUUCGCGUCCGGUUAGCUUCCGUCCGCAGUCGGGUGAUUAUGCGGAUGUUGAUUUGGAAUACGAUCGCUUUGGGCGACUGGUCAGCUGGAAAUGGGGCGUGCUGCAGGAAGCCUACACCUUUGAUCGCAAUGGACGCUUGAAUGAGAUCAAGUAUGGCGAUGGUUCGUCGAUGGUUUAUACAUUCAAGGACAUGUUUGGCUCGCUGCCACUGAAAGUGACCACACCACGACGAUCAGACUAUCUAUUGCAAUAUGAUGAUGCUGGUGCUCUGCAGAGUUUGACAACACCACGGGGUCACAUCCACUCGUUCUCGCUGCAGACGUCACUUGGCUUCUUCAAGUAUCAGUACUACUCGCCUAUUAAUCGUCAUCCAUUCGAAAUUCUUUACAACGAUGAGGGUCAGAUUCUUGCCAAAAUACAUCCACAUCAGUCUGGCAAAGUGGCAUUCGUGCAUGAUGCUGCAGGACGACUAGAAACCAUAUUGGCCGGACUUUCAAGUACCCAUUAUACUUAUCAGGAAACGACCAGCCUAGUGAAAUCCGUUGAGGUGCAAGAGCCAGGCUUUGAGCUGCGCAGGGAGUUCAAAUAUCACGCCGGUAUCCUUAAGGACGAGAAGUUAAGGUUCGGCUCAAAGAACUCACUGGCAUCGGCCCACUACAAGUAUGCGUACGAUGGCAACGCUCGCUUGAGCGGCAUUGAGAUGGCCAUCGAUGACAAGGAGUUGCCCACCACACGCUACAAGUACAGCCAGAAUCUGGGCCAACUUGAAGUCGUACAGGAUUUGAAGAUCACACGCAACGCUUUCAAUCGCACCGUGAUUCAGGACUCGGCCAAACAGUUCUUCACCAUUGUGGACUAUGAUCAGCAUGGACGUGUGAAGAGCGUGCUAAUGAACAUUAAGAGCUUCGAUGUAUUCCGCUUAGAGCUCGACUACGAUCUGCGUAAUCGCAUCAAGUCCCAGAAGACAACCUUUGGCAGAUCGACGGCCUUUGACAAAAUCAACUACAAUGCGGAUGGACAUGUCAUUGAAGUCCUGGGCACCAACAACUGGAAGUAUCUGUACGAUGAAAACGGCAACACCGUUGGCAUUGUCGAUCAGGGCGAGAAGAUAAACCUGGGCUACGACAUUGGCGACAGAGUCAUUAAAGUGGGCGAUGUGGAGUUCAAUAAUUAUGAUGCACGUGGCUUUGUUGUUCGACGAGGCGAGCAGAAAUACAGGUACAACAAUCGAGGACAAUUGAUCCAUGCCUUCGAGCGAGAUCGGUUCCAGAGUUGGUACUACUACGAUGAUCGGAGCCGCCUCGUUGCCUGGCACGACAGCAAGGGCAACGUCACACAAUACUACUAUGCAAACCCCAAGACACCGAAACUGGUCACACACGUUCACUUCCCCAAGCUGGGCAAGACGAUGAAGUUCUACUACGACGAUCGGGACAUGCUGAUCGCCUUGGAACAGGCCGAACUACGAUACUAUGUGGCAACUGAUCAGAAUGGUUCUCCAUUGGCCUUCUUCGACAUGAACGGGGCCAUUGUUAAAGAGGUGAAGCGCAAUCCAUUCGGGCGCACCAUUAAGGAUACCAAGCCGGACUUCUUUGUACCCAUCGAUUUCCAUGGUGGACUGAUCGAUCCGCACACCAAACUAAUCUACACAGAACAGAGACAAUACGAUUCGACUGUGGGUCAAUGGAUGACACCACUUUGGGAAACUCUGGCCACCGAAAUGUCAAAUCCCACGGAUGUCUUCAUCUACAGAUAUCACAAUAAUGAUCCCAUUAAUCGUAACAAGCCACAGAAUUAUAUGAUCGACUUGGAUGCCUGGUUGCAGCUCUUCGGCUACGAACUGAACAACAUGCAGAGCAACAGGUACACCAAACAAACCCAGUACACGCCACAGGCCACCAUCAAGUCGAACACACUGGCACCCGACUUUGGUGUCAUCUCGGGCCUGGAGUGCAUCGUCGAGAAGACCAACGAGAAGUUUAGCGACUUUGAUUUUGCACCCAAGCCACUGCUCAAAAUGGAGCCCAAGAUGCGCAAUCUAUUGCCACGUGUCAGCUAUCGUCGCGCCGUGUUUGGAGAGGGUGUUCUACUCUCGAGGAUUGGUGGACGUGCCCUGGUCAGUGUGGUGGAUGGCUCCAAUAGUGUCGUACAGGAUGUGGUUAGCUCUGUGUUCAACAACUCUUACUUCCUGGAUCUGCACUUCAGCAUACAUGAUCAGGAUGUGUUCUACUUUGUCAAGGAUAACGUUCUCAAGCUGCGCGACGAUAACGAGGAGCUGCGUCGCCUUGGUGGCAUGUUCAACAUAUCAACACACGAGAUCAGCGAUCACGGUGGCAGUGCUGCUAAGGAGCUACGCCUACAUGGCCCCGAGGCAGUGGUAAUCAUCAAGUACGGUGUGGAUCCCGAGCAAGAGCGACAUCGCAUACUCAAGCAUGCCCACAAGAGGGCAGUUGAGCGUGCCUGGGAGCUGGAGAAGCAGCUGGUUGCAGCCGGAUUCCAGGGCCGUGGCGACUGGACAGAGGAGGAGAAAGAGGAGCUCAUUCAGCACGGUGAUGUGGAUGGCUGGAUUGGCAUUGACAUCCAUAGCAUACACAAGUAUCCACAGCUGGCAGACGAUCCCGGAAAUGUGGCCUUCCAGCGCGAUGCCAAGCGUAAGCGGCGCAAGACUGGCAACAGCCAUCGGAUCGGCUCCAAUCGGCGACAGCAGAAAUAUGGAGAGCUGAACGCGUGAGUGGAGGAGGAGGAGCUGGAGAGUGAAGCUGCAGAUGAAGCAACGGAAGAGUAUGACGGGCCGGAGGACUACUUGAUAGCUGUGGGCAAGGCUGUUCGCAGAACAAGCAGCGAGGCAGCCGAGGAGCAGAUUUUGUAAUUACUUAGGUGAAAUACAGCAGCGAUAGGCGAUAAGCACCAAGCACACCCAAAAAAAAGAAAAAACAUCACGACACAACAACACACAGAAUACACUUCAAUUUAACUCAUUAAUAUAAACUUUAAUCGCGUUUAAAGUUGAAUAUUAGUCACAAAGCAAACCCACAAAAAUAUCGAGACGAACAAAACCAAGAAAACCACGUAAAUUUCGAAAUAUAUGUAUAUGUACACCAGAACAAACAAAAAUAUAUAUGUAUGUAUGUUGAUGUUGAGUUUAAGGUAACAAUAGGGAUAUGUUUAGUCCACGUGUAACAUUAAAUGUAAUUUUUUAAAAUUUGAAUAUCAUAUGCAAAACAAGCACUUGGUUCACAAGACAACCAGGCUAUCCGUGCAGAAUAUACGACAGAGAGGCGUCAAUAAUAUAUAAACGAAAACUUUACUUCGGGCAUAUAGAUUAGUAUACAUAAUAAUGACAAAAAAAAAACA